UUUCAACUUUCAUUAAUUUCUUUGCUUUUCUUUUUCUUUUUUUAUCUUUACCCGUUCCGUUAAAACAGGGUGCUACCCGCCCUUCUUUCUUUCCCCCUUCCCCUCACUCCCUUUUUCUCAUUCUGACACUAACCUCCUCUUUCCCCCCUACUUCUUUCUUCCCCCUUCCUCGUUGACUUCGCUCUUCUGGAGGAGCGAGUCUCCUCCGGUUGCCCAAUGUGUCCCCUCUCCGAAUCGAAAACCGAGCUCUUUCUCCAGGAAGAGAAUGAAACGGGAAAGAUCGUCCCUAUGGUGACUGUCGUCCGUCGGCGGGGGCGAUUGCAUUUGGUCCACCCUCACUGGUACCGCAAUAGUUUAUUGGCGAGCACAGGAUUUCUUGAGUUCGCUAAUGCCGGUGAUUUCGCUGCCAAUGUGUGGAAUGAGAUCCCCGUACCCCGACAUGCAAUGAUCUUGAUGGCCAUUGGAGGACCGCUCGCUUUGUUGAUGAGUAUUGUCGCCCUCCGCGACUUUAUUCUAAGCUGGCGGAAUGUGAAACUGCUCCGCGCCGAACGUCAAUAUUUACAAUCGUUGAAACGUGACUAUCUUGCCUCCCCCAGCCCGGAGUCGGAUCUGAUCCGACUGAUCGACAGCCGUCUUGGCCUUAGCUGGCGCGAAUUGGGCACAGAGCUUAUUGACCGUGUCGCUAUGGACGUUUUCCUCGGUCUCGGGGCGCUCCUCGUCGGUAUCGGUACGAUUAUGGCCAUUUGGGGAGCCCAUCCGAAAGUCUUCAACGCCAGUAACCUCCUAUCGGGGUUCGUGGGAAACUCCUUCGCCGCAGAGUUCGGCGUCGUCAACGCGGUCUGGUCCAUCUACCUGGCCCGGCGAUUCCAUCGCUAUGAUAGAUUCUGUGCGCGGACCCCGGCCCUCUCAUCGUUCCGCGACCGUCUCCACCUCCGGUUCAACAAAUUCAAAUGGCACGCCGUCGUUUCCGGACUCACCGGUCUCAUCGCCGGUGCCGCCUCCAUGGUCACAGCGAAGAUGUGGUGGGGGUACGUGGUGCUAGCGCCCUGUAUGGUUCUGCAGUUGUUAUGCAACCGGUUCUGGCGAACCCAGCUGGGCUACGACCGCCCGAUCGUCAGCGACUACGAUCAACGGGGCAUCCUCAUUCGCGAGACGCAAGAAAUCCGCGACGAAGAAAAAGACGGACCGCUACUGGAUAGUCUGGCCUCUACGGUAACCCUGUACAACGCUUUGGGUGCCCUUCCCUCGCCGAGCGAGGCCCUCGACUGGACGAGUCUGGACUCGCUUGUUCAGUUCAUGAUCACGAAUGACCUCUUCGAUUCCCUUUGCGACUGGCUCGUACGCGAUAAAUCCGUUCCUUCCGACGUCCGCGACGCCGUCUUCCGUGACCCCUCAUCCUCCUCGGAACACACCGAGAUUACGGUCUCUCCUGACCACCUCCUCCGCAUUCCAGCCCAAUUGCAAACGCAAUUGCGCGAUCUUUGUCGUCAGUUUCUCCAAGGGGACGGACGGAGGGUGCUGCUCUAUCGGGAGCGGUAUCUGUUAGAGAUGAUGGGGUCGAUGCUCUCCAGGGAGAGUCAGUAAUGUAGCACACCCUGUAUACUAUUAUGUACAUCGCAUCUCUUGGAUGGGGACAUCGAUUGGGACACUCUGUGCCGGCACAUGAGGCAGUAGAUCUGCAAGCAUAGAUAUUAAUGUUGUUAUCUUAAUGGAUAGAGA